AUGGACCCCCAGCAGCAGAUGAUGGAGCCAGUUACUAUACGAUCGGCAGUUCCCUCCGGCUUGGAGGUGGCUCCAGUUCAAUCUGUCAGCUUGCAGGAGCUGAUGAGGGACCUCCCGAGGGAAGUCGUGGAGCAUCACACGAUUGUCAAGCAGAAGCCUGAAUACAAGACAGUGGAGAAGCACAUAGAAGUGCCUGAGUUCCAGGUGUCUGAACAGGUCCAAGAGGUCGUGACUCGAAUUACCCAGGAGAAGGUAAUCGAGGUGCCUCAGACACACAUUGUGGAAACUGUUCGGCAAGUGCCAGUGGUUGAGUAUCAGGAGGUUGUCAGGGAGGUCCCUUUACCGAUUGUGGAGGGCAAGGAAAUGGUGCAAGAGGUGACCACCGUCUUGCAGAAGGAAGUGGCUAUAGAAGUGCCCCAGGCUCAGAUCAUGGAAUGUGUCAAGCAGGUGGCCCGCGUUGUAGACCAGAAGGUCCAAAAACCUUUUGCAAAGCCAAUCUUCCAGUUCAGGGAGCGUGCUGUAGAGGUGCCGCAGACGCUGGUGCAUGAAGAGAUCACCGAGGUCCCUGUGGCUGCUCGCACUGAACUCGUGAAACAGGUUGCGAAGGUGGAGAUCCAGCAGGUUGAACGGCAAGUGGAGCGGCCUCAAGUCCAGCUCACAGAGCGCUUUGAGGAGGUUCCCCAGGUAGAGGUGCAGGAGAACGUGAUAGAGAUUCCCAAGGUGCAGCUUCGCGAAGUCGUACGGCAAGUCCCAAAGGUGGAAGUGCAGUACGUUGAGAAGAAAGUUGCCAAACCCGUGUUUGAAUAUGUGGAACGGGUGGUUGAAGUUCCGCAAGUCCUGUACCAGGAGAGGAUUGUCGAGGUACCAGAGAUCGAAAUACGCGAGGUUGUGCGGAAGGUGCCCAAGACAAUCGUCCAGUAUGUGGAUAAACGUAUCCCAAAGAAAGACCUCCGAUACUACGAGAGGGUGGAGGAGAUUCCAAUCCAUCUCCAACACGAGCAGCCAGUGGAAGUGACGCAAGUCAUGGCCGUGGAGCGUAUUCGGCAGGUUGCCAAAGUGCAAUGGCAAGAUGCUCCCAGAGAGUUCCCAAAAGUGCAGCUGCAAGCGCAGACUAAGCAUGUAGAGGUCCCUGUUCACCUGGUUCACGAGAAGCCUGUUGAGGUGGAGGAAGUGGCGACGGUUGAUGUCGUGACCCAGGUGCUUCGACCAAAAUUUGAGCCCAAAGACCGCGUUGUGCCAAAGCUCACGACAGAAGUCCAGGAGCGAAUAGUGCACGUUCCGCAGGUGCUUGUUGAGGAGCAGGCGGUUGAGCUGCCACAGGCCAACUUCGUCGAAGUUGUGCGCGAGGAGCUUGCGCCGGUGUACCAAGAAGUCAUCAAGGAAGUGCCCAAAGUUGCCAUGGACUACAUCGAGCGAGUGGUGGAGGUGGAAACUUCCGCGGUAAACGAGAAGCAGAGCUCCAUGCCGGCAGGUUAUGCUUCUCAACCGGGAUCCAUGGCAUUUUCUGCGGGGCCGACUCUUGGAAGCGCGCAGCUAUGGCCCCAGAGCUGUACGGUGCCCUCGACCAUCCGUGGCCCAGGCUCCAUUACAAGCUCCCGAACGCCAUCUCCGAUCCGACUGCAAGCCCCAGGCCUUCCUGUGAUGGAACCCAUGGUAGGCCUUCCAAUGAGUCGAGGCAGUGCUAGUGUUCCUCUCAGAUAA